AAUGUGCUGUUGUGUGGUUCUUGAGCAGUUGAUCAUUUUGACUAAAUAUAGUAAACACGUUUGAUAUAUAAAUAGACUUAAGUGUGAAAAAUAUCAGUAAUUGUACUCACUUCAAAGGAAAAAGCACGUUGUUUUACAAAGAAAUAAAGAAAGAAAUAUAAUAAAAUGGAAAAUGAAAAUAAUGAUGAACAAGAUGUAUUAAUAGCAAAAAUAAUAAGUGGCAGUGGACUGUUCAUUGUAUCUGUGAUAUGUGGUAUUAUUCCAUUUAAAUUGGCAAAAGUUUUAAAGUGGACCGACCCUGUAAUAGGUGAAAAUGGAGAAAAUAAAACAAAUCUAACUGUCACUUUGUUGUUGUCCUUUGGUGGGGGAGUUUUGCUUGCUACAACUUUCCUUCAUUUACUUCCUGAAAUCAAUAGUACAAUUACUUGGCUUAUGGAAGAGAAUAUGAUACCAAAAGUAGAUGUUAGUUUAGGAGAGUUCUUUAUGAUGGCCGGUUUCUUCAUUAUAUAUCUGAUUGAAGAGCUUGUUCAUAACUACUUGCAUAGACAUCAGCAUAAAUUAAGAAAAAAAGGAGAGGAAAGUAGCGAAAGAGAUUUAGAAGCUCAAACUUCAUUGAAUGAUGAUUUUUUGAGAAAUGUUGCAAACAGGAAUAGCGUUGUUAGUCUAACAAGCCAAAUGUCAAAAAUCUCAUCAAGCGAUAUUCCAGCAAAAAUGAAGAUAGAAAAUGAUCGAAAAGAUGAACAUGCGCACGUGCACGAUCAUGGACAUUCACAUAUUUUUCCACUUCCACAUAGUGUUGAUGAGGAUUCGUUAGUAAGAAGCUUAAGAGGUCUUCUUAUAGUUCUCGCGCUGUCAAUACAUGAACUUUUUGAAGGUUUUGCUGUGGGACUUGAAAAAGAUGCAACAGGUGUUUAUUUCUUGUUUGCAGCCGUAAGUGCACAUAAGUUUGUCAUUUCUUUCUGCAUUGGCGUUGAAUUGAUGGUGCAGCGAGUUAAGCUUUCGUUAGCAUUUAUUUACAUUAUAAUUUAUUCUGCUGUCAGUGCGAUCGGAAUCGUUAUUGGAGCACUUCUUACUACUGGAUCGAACGGUGAUAGCUUACAAGUUCCAAAUGUCAUCUUGCAAGGAUUAGCUACUGCUGGGGUUUCUGAAAAUCAAAGUCCUGGAGGGAAAAUAUUGUUUGAAACCAUUGAGCAUGAGAAACCUUCAGCAUUGAUUCCACUGUCUUUAUGAAACACGUGAAUACGAAUGCAAGGGAUUUUAUUUCUAAAAUUUUAAGAUUUCAAUAAACGUUAUAAAUCUUAUUAUGAAAUCGAAAUUUUUAAAAUAAAUAUUUACAAUGAGAUGGACGACUAUUAUUCUACUUUCAUCCCGACUAUGAUAUCUUUUAAUUAUGACGAAUUAUCAUAAUAUUUCUCAAAGCAUAUCGUCAAUCAUAUCACAUAUUUUCCAGUUUGAACUUAUUAUUCUUGAGAAAAGAGUUGUUAGUUUGUAUAAUUUGUAAAAUCGCAAUAGCAUCGGAAUCUAGUUCCAAUGCUCUAGGAUUGAAAUCUCGAAAGAAUUUAAUAUAACGCUUAAUCAAGUUGUUUUCGUUGUUGUUUGUGUUACUUUAAAUUGAAAAUUAAAAUAUUUGAAAGCUGUAGAUGAUUUUAUUUGUUGUAAGAUUGUCAUUGGACACUUUUCUCAAGGUAUCGAAUAACUCUC